AGAAGGAACCCCAAAAGAAGCCACACAAAGUAUCAGUUGCCUUCCAGAUGCAUUCGCUGUUGGAUCGGAAAAAGAAGGAAGCGGGUGCUGAGCUGGGCUUGGUGGAGAUGCCAGUGGACAGUCUGCUCGGCCAGCCCCAGAAGAUGUGGACGUGUGUGGGCUGCAUGUGGGUGCUGCUCUCUUCGUGCCUGGUGGCAGUCUGCAGUUUCAGCUUCAUCUCCCCCGCUUGGAUCGUCAGGGAGAAGAGCAAAGAGUCGGUGAGCUUCGGGCUGCUCUGGUACUGCUCCGAGAGUGUCUAUAACUGCUACACCUUUGGGGGUCUGAGCAGCUUCGCUGAUAUCCCUUCGGGCACCUGGCAGACGAGUGCUGUUCUCUGUUCCGGAGGCUGCGUGCUGCUAGCUACCAGCGCUCUGCUGGCUAUCGUUACUGUCUUCCUGCCAAGUGGACUGUGUGAGAAGAGAAUCUGCACACUGGCUGGAUACAUGCAAACAACAUCGGUGUUUAUUAUGGCAUCUGGGCUUCUGAUCUAUCCUUUCGGACUGAACUCACCCCUUGUACAGAAAUAUUGUGGAAAUUCCAGCAUCUAUCAUGCAGCGGAUUGUCAGAUUGGAUGGGGUUAUAUGCUAGCCAUCGUUGGAGUCAUGCUUGCAGUCUUCCUACCUUUCUUCUCCAAAUAUGCGCCAAAAGAAUCCAGCUCACCGACUCCAAUACCUGCAAUCUUAUAGUACAUAUUACUAAAAAGGGACUAAUCUAGCUCUGCUAAAAAAAACCUGCUUUUAGACUUUCAGAAAUGAACAGAAGAAACGAAAGCACUUCUUUAGGCUAUAAAAAAGCGAAAUAAGGUCAAUUUGAUUUAAGUGACCUAAAGUGCAUUACACAAGAAGUCUUCCUGAUUUCCUCAAAAUACAGCCGCCAACAUCGCAAUUUAUGCAAAAUUCUACAAGGAAAUCAGUUACAAAAUACGUGCUGUGAAUGGUAUUGCUGUUACACAAUUUGCAAACUUAACCUGAAGCAAAUAUCUAUUAAUUCAGGCAAUUAGUACUAUCAGCUGGAUUGGCUGGAGUUUUGAGGAAACUGCAAGGUUGAGUAACAGUAAGAUAUGCGAGGGUUCAACUUGCUAAAGCAUAUUGGUUAUUAUGAUCAAAGUAACAGGAAUAGGCUCAGUAAAGAUAUCACGGUUACAGAAUGGCAGCAUUGUGUUUACUAAUUCAUAAGAAGGAUGCUGAGGCAUGACAUUGUUCAGAGCAUCCUUCAAACAACAAAUUGUGAACAGAUUGGAAAAUGAAGAGCAAUUCUGUGGUUAUAGGGUUGCUUAUUCCAAAAUAUUCUUCUGUUCAGUGUCUGCGAGCAUCAGGAUAAAUUUUUAACUAGUGUACUAGACUGCCAGGAAACAUAUUUAGAAAUGUACACUUUUUGAAGUUGAAAUGACAAGUUUAAUCAGCAGACAUCCAGAAUAUGCUGGAGAUUGCAGAUAAUUCCAGUUUUAAAAGCAUAGCAUAGCUUGCCAAUUAACUGGAAAUCUUGUCUUAUUUUAUAACAUAAGAUCAAAAUUUCAGUAAUGGACCUCACACUGAGAUUUUUAUUAAAUGUUAGCUGAUGGGCAUAAAAUAGAACAACCUGUGGACCAAGGAUUGCAUAUACAAGUAUUUCUAACCAAUGUUAGAAGAUCAAAACAGUGCUUAUGUACUGAAAGGGCUGCACACUCCUAAAAUCAUUGAAAGCAUUUCAUGCAGUCCUCUCCACUAAUAUCUCUUAUGAUCAGCGUACUUAACUUUUAAAUAGAGAACCUCAAUAUCAACCCUCCAACCUUCAUAUCAGUAUGAAACACAUCAGAACAUGCACUACAACCACCAAGGAAUAAAUUCAGCAUGAACGUCUUGAUAAAUACUCCAUAUGGCUUUAUACCUCUGCAGUCAGUACUCAAUAUAGUGGUACUGUCUUAACAUGCAAUGAAACUCCUCCUUAUUGACUCUUUACCACACAUAUGCCAUCUACUGAGAAUGUGUCCUUUCCACACAACUCCAACUGACAUUAAAUUCAACUUAUUGGAGUCUAGGAAUUGUUGCCAAAUGAAAUUAAUCAGUGAAGUGAUUGCUUUCCCCUGGACAGAUGCCUCAGUCUAUUACUAGUAUAUGACACUAAGAUAAAGGCAUAAAAUCAUUUUUUAAAGAAAUUAAGUUGAUUUUAAACAUAGCUUUUUCAAACAAACAAAUCCUUACUGUAAGCUUUAGAUUUAUCAAAAUUCUUGGUGUUUCAUUGACUUACAAUUACUUGUAGAGAAGUUAUUUGCUUUAUUAACUUUCAUUUAGAACAGUUAUUACUUACUUAGAUGGGGAUGGCUUGGGGAACAGAUUUGUAACACACUAUAAUCGAUUUGCUGUACAAUAUUCAAUUGUGUUGUAAUUAUAUUCACUACAACAUACUUUUGUUUUAUUUUUAAGCUGAACGGUCUGAAUGUUAAUGCCACAUACAACUGGCCUAAUUCUGAAGCACCAAAUUACCCAUUACAUUGGUAUUGAUCAAACACUGAUUAAAUUGUCAUCUUAAAUUUGGAACACACAUCUUCCAACUCAUAGUUUUUUUUAUUGUAUCUUUAAACUGAUCUGCAAAUGCCUUCAAUGACACUUACAUGAGGCAUCAGGUUGAAAGGAUCUUUAUCACUAAAUCAUGAACAUAAACAUGUCUUAUUUUCAUUACUGCUAGCAAUUUAUACUAUACCCCUAUUUCCAAAUGCUAACUGAUUGCAUUGGAUUUUUCACACCUGCAAAUUCUUUAGCCAGGCUCAAAGCUUAUUACUUCAGGGCCCUCUUGUGAUGCAGUGGUAGUAUCCCUGCCAUUGACCAGAAAGGCUUGGGUUCAAGUCCCAUCUCCUCCAGAGACGUUUAAUAACAUCUCUGAACAAGUUGGUUCAAAAAAACAGGCUAAUAAAAAACAAAUUAUAUUAACAGCCUAUAUGGGAUUCACCUUGCAGUAAUUUCUCCACUCCUUUCACCAGAUGGUUUCAUAAAUUUGCAAAUAAAAUAUCUAAAGGCUGUUUGAGCCUAUACUGAAGCAAAUAUAAUCCUCUAAAUUUUAUGUUCUGAGUUGAGAUUUAGAUUAGAACAGAUUAAAAGAAUAAUUAGAAGCUUCUUGCCUGAUGGGACAAUGUAGUCAAAUAUGAAUAUUAGCAAGGAUAGCAAGCACAGGUGACAUCAUUUAAAGCUGAGAAUGUGAAAUUUGAUUUCAGAGCUGUACCUAUCCAACUACAUUGUUAUGACCAGAUGAGGGAGGCCGGUCAGCUUUCCCUUUCUCAAACCCCUCUCAUUCAUUUUAACAAAUAUUUUUAUUACAUUCUAACACACGUACUUCAAUUAAAUAGUCAUACAUGUCAAAAUUAAGAUGUCAAUUACAAGGUUUUCUUGAAUGAAAGAAAGGGGAAUUUUAUCAUCUCUUAAUGCAACAAAACAAUAAUUUAAAACUGCAAUAUGCAUGCAAACACAGGUGAUACAUUUAAAAAUGAGACAAGAAGAAUAAGGGCUAGCAAUUUAAAGGUUUUUAGCGUCCUUUAGGUGUUACAUUUUAACCUGAGACCAUAGACGUUUAAUUGUUGACUUAUUUCUUCAGCAAUGGCAAAAUAUAUUGACAUUUUUUGAGUUCUUAGCAAAUGGUUGGUUCUUCAAUUGGCUUUUUUGCAAAGUAUUGUGUACAAGAUUGAGAGAAAUAGGAAGCAGAGAAAAAUUUCCAGGCCUUACUCUUACAAAGUAAAUUUUCCUUUCAAAGUAUAAUUUUCUUUCUGUCUGCUCUGCUCUAUUCUGCAAAGCAGAUAUUGAAACACAGUUUGUUUGUAUAUCCCAAAUCUGGCUCUAUUGUCUUUCUAAGUUGGCUAAGUGACAGGUGAGUCUUUCAUCUCCUGAAAUGUGAAAUUAUGAUGUAAACAUGAAUUAAAAAAAGAGAUUUGAAUUCCUUGACACUGACUCAGUUGCCAGGUUUCAAUGAUCAAAGAUAAAGUGGUAAUUUCAGUUUCGCUUAUUCCACAUUUGUCUCCUAGGCUUGCGUCAGUCUGUGGUCCAGUGAUCACAGCAGCCAUUUAAGGUCCGUAUCAUUCCCUUUUUAAAAAAAACAUUUUCAAGCCUAUGAAAUCAGAUGAUGGCUAUCAAAAUAUGAUAGUCUACAUGUACCACAGUUGCAACAACAUAUAUUUAAACUCCAAAACAAAUUCUUCUAGCACUUAAUCAAUUGACAUCAGUUAUAAAUAUUUUCUAAGGGGACCUGCAAAAAUGUGCGACUAAAAUUCCAUAGUCCAUCUAUUUAGAUAUUACAUCUGCUCAUGAUACACAGCAGUCUUAAUGUCCCCUACACAUUAACAAAAUUUAAUGCAACUUUUGAUCAAUGGAAAAAAUUAUUUGAUCAGAAUAGGCUUUGAAAGGAGUGACAAUACCUAACAAUGGUAUCUGAUUUUUCUCUUCUUAUAAAUUUUACUCCAUUAUAUUACCACCGAAACAGGCAAAACAAAUUCUGAAAUAAAGCAGUCAAGUCUUAAUAUCUUAAUGUUUUAAUUACUUAAAAUUAAAUGACUAAUUAUAUCACUCAGCAACAUGGAAUUCUCAAUGCUCCAAGAGGAAGAUUUCCACUUUGUACAAUAAAAUUGCCACCAAGCUCUUCAUAAAUGAAUUUGCAUAACAUAAAUAAAAAAUCUUCUCCCCCAUUUCUAGAAUAAGUAGAUUCAUUGGCUUGGUCUGCACUUAGAUAUCAGUAUAAUCUAGCACUAGACUGGCUUGUUAUUUUUUAACAAUGUACACAUUCUCCUCUUCUUUUUAACAUUUUCCCUGCCCAAUUCUGCCUAAUUAUUUAGUAAAACUUCAGGGCAGAAACCCCUAGAUGCUGAUCUCGCCAUCAACAACUUCAUGUUUCAAUGUAUUGGAAGCAAUGAUGAAGCAUUAGUUCUUUAUUCUCUACCCCAAGUUUACUCUCAUCUGAGGUGACAUGUUUAGCUUUACACAAGAAGUUAAUCAAGUUACAUAUACAAUUAUCAGAUCAGUGUUUAGACCAGCCUGGAUUCAUGGCCAUAACCACGGGGAGUGCUUACUUAAACUGCUAUGUUGUUUAAUGAAACUCUUUUUAAAUUUGACGCAAGAGUCCAAAGGUUUUUCGCAGCUGAAUUUACUUUAAGUGAAUGGAAUGCAAAAUGGAACAGCUUUCUUACUGCCAAUCUCUUCCAUUUAAUGUGCAUAACGGAAUUACAAACCUCAUGUAACAGUUACAUUAUUGUAUCGGAAACGGUCUGUACAUAACACUGGGGAGUGUUAGCUCAGGUGGCUGAAUGGCUGGAUUGGUCUGCAAAGUGACACCAACAGGGGGCAGGUUCAAUUCCUGUACCAGCUGCGGUUGCUAUGAAAAUCCCAGCUUCUCAAUAUUGCCCCUCACCUGAGUUGUGGAGACCCUCAGGUGAAAAUUAACCACCAGGCAUCUCUCUCUAUAAUGAGAGAGCAACCUAUUGAUCUUCUAGGACAAUGGUGACUCUACUUUUCAUACUUAAUAUAGAUGAAAUUACUGCAAACUGAUUCUACCCCUUUGUCUUACACAUUGUUCUGACCAAACCAAUUUGUGCCUUUUAUUAUCUAAUAGCAAGAAACAUCAAUAAACAAGAUAACCAGGUUUUCCACUUAACAGUGCGGACAAAGGAUGGUUUUCUACAUGGUGUACAAAAAGUGUGUGUUCUAUAUUUGGAAUUCUGUUUUAAUUUUUUUUUUGUCCUUUUUGUGUAAACCGAUUUCUAAAUGUUUGGUGUAAAAGUGGCUGUCUGUUUUUCCACAGAAAUUUCUGCAGGUAACUGCUAGAGUGGUGGUCAAAAACCAGUGUUUGUACCACAAACUGUUUUUAGGCCAUGGUGAACAGUAGGAAGUAUUAAAAACACAGCCACACUGAUAACUGCCUUAAUUUCCAAUGAGAUUGCAAAUUUUAUGAAUUAACCAGACUGACUGCUGAAAUAAACCAAUUUGACCAAUGAUCAAAGUUAUUUGGUGGCUGUUUUAACGUCUUACUGAUCCGUUAUUUAGUGACAAUAAGCCAGGUAUAGAUCUAAUUCCACCCUUGAAAAUUAACUUGAGAUGAUGUCGUGCAAAUAGUACAUACGUGUGAAAUUCCUUUCCCAUUAUUUCACCAGAAGUGUAACUACAUUUAAAAGUAAACAAUUUAAUGUCACUCUUAAAGCUGAUGACAAAGGAAUUUUAUAUGAAUUAAUAAAUAUUGCACAUCGAUUUUCUUCAUUUUCAUAUCAAAGCCCAAGGAACUUGCUAAUUCUGAGGACAACUGGGGAAGGUGGCCGACAGUUCAAUUAAAUCAAGAACAACAGUUAUCACUAUAUGCUCAUGUGCAAAACAGCUUCAUAUAUGGAGUAACAAGGCCCAAGUAUUUAGCUUAGGCUAGUGGAAAUAGUGGUGGUUUCUAGGUUAUCUCAGAUAAUAAUUUAAAACUGCUUAAUGAGUAUAGCUAGUUAAAUGUCAACUGCCUAUCAAACUAUUUCAAAUCUUUUAAACUAUUAAAUAUUAUGGGAGAAAAACAUGUUUGUUGAAGCUUAUCAUCUUGCGCUCAUCAGGGCAUUUCACAAUUGGAUUGGCAUUCUUGUGAAAUGUCCUGAGUGUAAGAUGAAAAGUUUCAACAAAGUGUCUCUUUUGUAAUACCCAAUCUCUAUACGACCAAACAACAAACUUUAUUAAUUGUGCUACAAUAGAGUAUAGGAUUAGUAUAUUAGACAGCAUAUAUUCUGAUCAUUUACUUCUUUAUAAUUUUACUGAAGAUGACAUAAUCUUUUAGCUGUUUUGAACGCUUCACUUUUCAUGAGGUUUUCACAAAUUACUUGCUGUUGUCAGUUGAGAGGGUCAUGAAUCCCUGCCAAUUCUGAUCAGAAAAUAGGCCAUCAGAUACUAGAAGUAUGCAAGGUAAUACAACAAGUAUGAAUCUGAGUGUAAAGAAAGACGAAUGAUGAAGAAAGACAAUAGAAUCUUGAAAUCUACAGCCUAGAUUUUUUUUACAAAGUUAGAAGAUGUAACCCCAGAGCAUUAUUUCAAAUUAGGAUAAACUGGUAAAAAAUUAAGGAAUAAGAUUAAAGCUGUGAGAAUUAAAUCAAAGAGUUAUCAGAAGCAACUUUUUUUUCAACAUGAUGAUUCAUGUUUAGAAUAAUUACCAGGCAAAAUAACAGAGGAUUGUCAAAUGUCAUUGGAUGCCAAGAUGCUCGUUUGCUAUUGGGACAUUUCCUCAGAUGCAUAAGACUUAAUUCUUGGAGUUUUCUCAUGUUCUCAAUGGAAUUCUGAUGGCUGGUAUAAAAUGCUAUAAUAUUCUGGACAUGAUCCAUUACUUUUAACAUUACUUUCCAAUAUUUUUAAUGGUAAUAACAUUAAAGAUUGCCAUCAAAAAAAUAAAUACUCAAAUGAUUCAUGGAGGAGCACACUGCCCAACGUAACUUGUUCAAUUUAUUUCAUUGCAUAUUUUUGCAUUUAUUUUUAUAUGUAAUUAAAGAAUGAAGUGUCUGAACUGUCACUUUAAAUCAAAUCUAUCAGGCAGUAUUCACACUCACUUAGAAUAUUAAUGAGGGUUUCCUUUAAUGUGGCGUUAUUCAGCUUAGUCGUCUGAAGUGAAAUUUAUGCAUAGCAUUGUUAAUAGAAUUUGAGAUAGGUAAGCAGUUGGGGCUGCUGCAUCUGUUUGAUUGCAGAUAAAGCAUUCUGAGCUAUAAAAUAGUGGCAAUAUAAUUUCAUGUGACUAGUUGCACAUAAAAUUUGGAAGGCAAUACACCAUUGGUCCUCCUCUGCAUGACAUCUUUCCAACAGUGCUGCAGAGUAGAGGCAGAUGCCAUCAAAAUGUUUAGCUUUACACAAGCUAAGGAGGUCAUCAGGCAAUAUUGAACCAUUGAGAAAAAAAUCAUCUGGAAUUUAAUCAGCAAGCCAGCUGUUGGGACCCAAGCCACUAAAAUAGGCUUGGGGAAAGGCUGAAUAGGCUCAAUUUGUUUUCAUCAGAGCAGAGAAGACUCAGGGGAACAAUUUACUGCAGAUCCUGGAAUCUGUACUGAAAGCAAUAAAUGCUGGAGAUCACUGUGGGUCAAACAGCAUCCGUGGAGAGAGAGCAAGCCAACGUUUCGAAACUAGAUGACUCUUCAUCAGAGCUGAAACGAAACGUGGAGGGAUUCAGCACUUAUGCUAUCAACGAAGAUGUAUACAGUGAACCCAAAUUCCUGCUGUAGCGAAGAGGGGCUUGGGCAGGAUGGAUAUGAAACAGCUGCUCCCUUUAGUUGAAGGGUCAAUUACAAGAGGGCAUCGUUUUAAGGUGAAGGGCAAGAGAAUUAGAGAGCAAUUGACAAAAAAUUCUUAGAGGUUGGUCAGAAUCUGGAAUGCACUGCCUGAGAGUGUAGCAGAGGCAAGAAGGCACACAACCUUUAAAAAUAUGCAGAUAAGCACUGCUAUGACAUACAAGGCUAUGGACCAAGUUUGAAAAGAGGGACUGGUGCAGAUUGUUUGGCAGAGUCUCAGGCCAAAGGGCUUCAUCCUAUUGCGUGGCUGUAUGAGUCUAAAGGGCCCAGAAUGAUUAUUUAGCAACAGCAGCCAAUUAACAGGCUGCCACCAAGACUGGCAUCCAAUUAACAAAUGCAGUCUGCCUCUUUGUGCUGUUGGCCCAAACAGAGGACCAGCAAAUCAGCCAGUCACUGAUGGGCGUGGCCAUUACUGAGGCUACAGGGAGGAGAGAUUGUCUCCAUGCUGAGGGAACCUCAAGGGGUGGGUAAGAAAUGUUCUUACUGCGUUGGGGUCAUACAGACAAGCCCUGGGGAUGGGAGGAAUGACUCCUCCUCCAGGGGUGACCAUUGAAGUCUGUGGACCCUUCUGUAUGUCAUCAAAUGGCCAGAAAGGAAUUACUUCCACUUCACCUUCCCCGCUCUACCCACCAAUAGAAAUGUAAAGUAUAUCUAUUUCAACAUUUGAUGAGGAUAGAAUUGAGCUCAGUUGUAAUUCAUGAAAUCGUAGAAUGGUUACAUUACAAAAGAAGACCAUCCUACACAUUGUGCUUACACUAGCUCACUGCUAGGGCAAUUUCAUUGGUUCUCAAUCCCAGCCCUGCACCACUUCUUCCUUUUAAGUGCUUAACCUAUUCCUUUUUUUAAAACCAUGAGUGAAUCUGCCUUAACCAUUCUCUAAACAGAACUUUUCAGACUGCAGUCACUCACUGUGUAAAAGGAUUUUCCCUCAUAUAAUUAUUGUUUCUUUUGCUAAUCACCUAUAAUCAUGUCUUCAGGUUCUUGAGCCUUCUUCCAAUCUAAACAGUUUCUCUGUACUCUUGGAUGAAACUGCUCACAAAUUUGAAAUUGCCAUUCCACAGCUCAAUAGACUGAGAAUACUCACUGUGAAAAUGAACUGAGGAAAAAGUGCCUUAGAGAAGGAGACUGAUGCCUGUAGGAUGACAAAGGGAAAAAAGAUGAAUAUUGGAGGGGCAAAACUUUUGAGCUCAGUUUUCAGACAAUAAUGUGAAGUCAGUGUUGCAUCUUAUUCUUACUUGAAAUAAAUGGUACAUUGUGUUCACCUGGAUAAAGUUCAACACAUUAGCAACAACAAGUCUUCAUUUCAAAACAGUCACAUUCUUGUUUUGGCUGUAAUUUAAUAUUGUGUUUCAGUUUAUAAAAAUAAAACAGAAAAUCAUAAAUGGGGCUUGAUUUUCAAAUUGGUGUCUGAACCCAAUGCUUGGAUAAUUUUCAUGUGCCAAUCCUGAGCCAUGUAAAUGCCACACAUUGCUUCAAAUGUUAAUGCCCUAACUGUGCAGGGGAACAAGUCCUGCACUCAGUUAAUGGGCCAAGGGAUAGUGAGCAAGCCUAUUUGUCCACAGCCGACAAAGGUAGAUGAGAGCCAUUACAGGGUCAACAGCUGAUUUGCACAAGAGAGAAGGUAGACGCUCAGGGAGCCAAAUGCAUCAUGAUCUGAAAAUUGGCCAGAUGGCCAGGCAAACAAUACAGUAGCCAAUCCCUCAGCAAAACCCCUUGUGGCAAUUUUUUCUUCGAGUUUUAAAAUAAAACUUUGCUACUUCCCAUAUUGAAUUUGACAGCUAUGCACAAAUCAUUUGGAAAGCUUAUUCUAAAAUUACUAUCUGACCUUCCGCUGGCCCCUUAAGGAGUUUAAUAAGCCAUUCAUUGGAUUUCAGCAAGUUUCCAACUCCCUAGCCCACUCCCAAACCUCCCUCUGAAAAUGCCAGAGGCAUCAGAAUUCACCCGUACCCUUUGGGAACAAAGUUUUCAAUGUGUGCCGCAAAUCUGCUCACCCACUCUUACAAGUAAAAAAUUCACACUAUGAUAUCCAAACAACUAUCUGAAAAGUUUCUGCUUCAUUUCAUUGAUAAUUGCAACACAGAAUGUUCCUUUAUUUCCUGCCCUGAUAUAAUUCUGGACAAACAAAUUGUAAAAGAUUAAUGAUAA